UCCUGAUUUGAAAAAAAAGCGCAGCUCAAAAUGCAGCUCUGGAUUAGUAAGAUAAAAACUAAGGGAACAUUUAUUAUUCAUUAACGUGACUCUUCCGUAGCUUAUUUGUUAGAGUGGUAAAAGAAAAAAAUGUAUCUGAUGAAGAUUCAAAGUAUAACUUUAGUAGUUAUGUUAUUGCUUUUGUCGUGGUGUCAUGGUGAUACAGAACCGGAGAAGCAAGAUGUUAUUGUGAAAAACCAACCUGUGCUGGAGAAUGAGUCACUCAAUACCCGGCUGCUGGGCAAAAACAACGCAACAGAUAGUACCCAGCUAGCAUAUGGGUUUAUCUCAUGUGCAGUGUCUGUUCUCUUUUUUGGAAGCAAUUUUGUCCCUGUGAAAAAAUUUGACACUGGUGAUGGGAUGUUUUUUCAAUGGAUUCUCUGUGCUGCUAUAUGGAGUGUUUCUUUAGUAGUGAACAUAAUCCUCCAAUCCCCCAAAUUCUGGCCACUUGCAAUGUUAGGUGGUUUCAUAUGGGCAACGGGUAACAUUACGGUUGUACCUAUACUUAAAACGAUUGGCCUAGGGCUUGGGAUUUUAAUUUGGGGUUCCUUCAAUUUACUAAUGGGAUGGGCAAGUUCCCGGUUCGGUUGGUUUGGAAUAGACCCUGAAGAGGUUAACAGCCCUGUUUUGAAUUACUGUGGUGCAGGUUUAUGUUUCUUAAGUGCCAUAACAUUUUUCUUUGUUAAAAGUGAUGUUCAAAGAUCCAUGACCUCAGAAGAAACACCACUGCUAGUAGAAAGUAGAAUUAAUAGUGAAGGACUGAGUUCUAUUGAUGAAUCAUGGGUAGACAGACUUAGUCCAAAGAAGAAACGGUUCAUAGGCUGUGUUUUGGCGAUUAUAGCUGGAGUUCUGUAUGGAGCUUCUUUUGUGCCAGUACUUUAUAUUAAGAAUCAUGCUGCAAGGCACGAGAGUAGAUAUGCUGGAGCAAGUCAAUUUGAUCUUGAUUAUGUUUUUGCACAGUUCAGUGGAAUCUUUCUCACUAGUACAGUAUAUUUUUUGAUUUACUGUGCAGCAAUGAAGAACAAACCUAAGGUUUAUUCUAAAGUAAUACUGCCAGGUUUUGCAUCAGGUGUCAUGUGGGCAAUUGCAAACUGCUGCUGGUUCCUGGCAAAUAACUACCUCAGUGCAGUUGUCAGCUUUCCCAUAAUCACUGCAGGUCCUGGAUUAAUUGCUGCUAUUUGGGGAGUGUUUGUUUUUAGAGAAGUUAAAGGAUUACACAACUACAUGAUACUGGUUUUGGCUUUCUGCACUGUUCUAGCUGGGUCAGUCUUAGCUGCGAUUUCAAAAGUUUAAUCAUAGAAAUUAAACUUAACCACAAGAUGGUGCUGAAUAACUGAGCACUUCAGGAUUUGAGGCACAGGGACCUGGAACUUCAGUAGUAGAAACCAUUAAGUAUAUUAUGCAAAACCCUUUACACUCUUAAUUGAAGAAUGUUUCUCUGUCACUUUUUGAAUAACUUUUUAAACACUUUGUAAGCCAUUUGUGAUUAAUUUUCAUGACUGUUAUAGCACUUUUGUAUGUAAAAAUGUGGAGAGGAUUAUGUAAAUACCCCUUCUUGACGGAAAUGUAAAUUGCGCAUUAUGAAAGAAAAUUGUCUAUUUAGAAAAUUCAGCUGUUUGGUACAAAAUGUUCUUCACUUUCAUUAACAACUGAUAUUUUCUUUA